UCGUAACUCGUUGCAUAUUUUCGUCUCGUGUUAAAUAAAUCUCCACGACUCGUGGUUCACCCAGCCGCGACAAAAUAAUCCCCACCAAUUGACUCACUGAAUAACCCGUCUAACGUGAAAAUAUCAUCAACAAAUUGACAAUUGUUACCCACCAAAUAGCCCCAUCUCCCCCCUUUAUUAUCAUUUUCCCUCGAUAUUGUCGGAAAUAUGUCGUUUUUUUCAUCACAUUUGAGUGGAUGAAGAAGGGAGAAAAAAAAUCAAACGAAUGGGAGCAACGAUCGUGCGUGUAAUACCAGGCAUGGAGUGGACUCAGUGUUGUAGUGAUUGUUUCAAAUUAUUUCGUGCUGUUGUCACACUUCCUGAAUUUACAAGGUCGCAACGGUGCGCCUAUAUCCAGGAAAAUCGUUGGUUGGUAGAGCGUCCAAUCUGAAUCCCAGCAAUAUCUCGAAGGAAAAUGGGGUCGACUCACCGUAAAUCCGCAAUAAGAGCAUCAGUAUUGAGGCUAGUGAUGGUGGUAUCAGUCGAUACUCCGUGACUCGUCAAACCCAGCUCCUCCAAAUGCCCCUCAGCUUCCCCCAAAUGAACAAAGUUUGAUAACUCAACGAAUAAUGCCAUCGAGAAUAGUGAGUUGAGUGGGAGGGGUGAUGGAUGACAUACGUGGCUCACCGGCUGGACGCCGUUUGUCUCAGAUCCUGGAUCCCAUAGCCCGUCUCACCUCAGAUUUUGGCUCAAAUUCAGCGCCAUGCAGUCCACGAUUAGGAAUGUCAUCCCGGAAUACGAGUGCCGAGUCAUCAUCAGCACAGGAGAGUCCUAGAUUACUACCGAGGCAUCGAUCUGGCUGUAGUAGACAGCCACCAGUGCCACCACCGCGGCCCCAGCGCAAUGACUCGCCCAUUCACUCAAGAAAUUUGACCUCAACAUACGUCAACCUGCCCUGUGACAAUUCCCACAUCGGUAGACGAGACAAGCCCUUCACAGACAGCGUAAAGAGUAACAUCGGUUACGUAGAACUCAGGGACAAAGGUGUCAGUGAUAAACGUAGUAAUUACCGAGGACCAGUGCCAUUUACAUUCACCUCGGAGUCCAGUGGUCGUGUUGAAUACGCUGACAAAAGAUUUUACGCCCCACGAGCCGAUGACUUUACCACCUACGCUAAUUUCGAUAAUGAACCACACUCGGAAACCUCAUCACCGAUAUUCGAGUCUGGCCAGUCGACAAUGGUGUCCAAUGUCGACAAAAUACUCUCCUCAUUUGCCAGUAACAAACAGCCAUUUCGGAGGGGUUCAAUCGAGCGUGACAUGACGUACACCUCGUCGUUAUCUGCUGCCACAUCCACAAGUGACGAGCAGAGGGAGCGUUUUGAUCGUCCAACUGCGUACUCCUCGUCCAAGAGCUUUGACGCCGGUUACUCAGCCACCGUUGAGGAGCUCAAUUGGCAGGAGAGGUGUCUUGAACUUCAGCUGGAAUUACAUCGUAGCAGGAGCCAAGCUACUAGAGUACGCGAUAUGCUGCGGGAAAAGCUUACCGAGCUCGAGCAGAGGGUGCUCGAUGCCGAGGGACGGGCUGACGAGGCUGAGGAUAAGGUACGGAUGAUGGAGGAACGGCUGGUGAAGGGUGAAUACAGCCUGAGCACAUCUGGAGUAGGUUCCCCGGCACACUCGUUGGCGUCCACCUCCGGUACCCAGAAUGAUAAGAUUGAGGAUGUUCAUUGUGCUUGCAUAUCGAAAUUAGAGACGCAAGUUGAGGAACAGAGACAAUUACGACUUCACGACGCGAGACAGGUCGAGGCAAAAGCCGCUCGAAUAAAGGAGUGGGUAACGAAUAAACUACGAGAGCUUGAACAGCAGAAUCAACAUUUGCGCGAGCAAAACAACAAGUGCAAUCAGCAGCUGGAGCUUCUGCGUAAUCACAUCACAAACAUUGGUCUCCGGCCUUUGGUACGGCCAUUGAUACCGACGACGAGAGCAUCUCUCUCAUUGGAGGUCGACCCAACCCUGCGGAGACGUUCGGAGAGUCUCGAGGGAACCCCCCAGGCGAUUCCAGAGAACGUUAACCAAACAACUGUGACUGAUUUACCGCCAAUUGGAUCGAGACACCGGAGGCAUCUGUCAGCCUGUGGUACCAUUCAGCAAGGCAUCACCACGGCAAACAUGGACUCGAGUUUAUUGUCGGAGGAGCUGGCAGCGGCGGUGGAGAAUCUCGUGAUGCUGCCGAGUAUUCCGGGGGUGUCGGAGGCUAAUCGCGACAGUGGGAGUUCAGAGACACUUCACGAUUAUGCGGAGAUUUAUACACCGAGUAGAGAGGGAAUGAAUUGGGCUGGACAGCCGUCAUCGUCAGCCCCGAGGCCACCUACACCUCCUCUGCACAGAUUUCCAAGUUGGGAGGCGAAAAUUUAUCAGGUGGCAGAUGGUGGCCUAGGUAUUGGUCCCCCGACGAACGACGAUGCCUCAGUGGCCCCCUCAUCAACCACCAACACAAAUUCCUCGAAACACUCCCACGCAACUGGUCACAAUCUAACCGCACACAAUUCCCAAGGAUACUGUGAUAUAUCUGUGCCAGUCUACGCCACUGUGAAGGGUCGUGCAAGCCAGAUAAGAUCGAUGCCCUUUGGUGACAGUUCAGACGACAGUUCAGACGGUGAGGAUCACCCAAAUCAAACUGAAACCAACACAAGAAUAACAAACAGCUCAUCAGACAACACCGACUCUUCACUAGGGAGUGGUAGCAGUCCCUCUAAGAGCAUCAAAACCACUAGCAGUUUGAGUCCUGCGAAGAGGAGCUCCAGUGGCUCUCCAAGUAAAAGUGUUAAACGUGAUACUUCCCUCGAAUCUGGCUUGUCCGAGGACUAUGCUAUACCCCCAGACGCCUUGAGCUCGACCUCCCUGGAGUCCAGUAUGCCAAGUUUGCUGAUGCGAGUGUCCGGCGAGAGCCCAAAGAGACUGGAGUCGUUGGAGAAAGCUGGCCACUUGGCUAAACUUGGGGGUAAACUCAAAACUUGGAGGAAGAGAUGGUUUGUUCUGAAGAACGGUGUACUGGUCUACUGGAAGAGUCAGAACGAUGUGAACAGGAAGCCCCAGGGACAGAUUCUCCUCGACGAAGUUUGCAGGAUAAACAGGGCUGAGGGUGCAGCAACGUUUGAAAUUGCAACUGGAAAGAAAACUUACUAUUUGACAGCUGACUGCAUUGCAACUAUGGAGGACUGGAUAAGAGUUUUGCAGAAUGUUCAGAGACGAAAUGCUACGAAAUUGUUGUUGAGUAGAGAGGACAACAAGCCAACGAUCCAGGGCUGGCUGACGAAGGUCAAGAAUGGGCAUGCCAAGAAGUGCUGGUGUGUUCUGAUUGGAAAGAUGUUCCUGUACUUCAAGUGUCCCAGUGAUACGAAUCCCAUUGGCCAGAUCAACAUGAGGGAUGCUCGUGUGGAGGAGGUAGAGCAUGUCUCGGACAGUGACAGUGAGGAGAGGGAUGCAGAGUGCCCUCAUGAGAGGACCAUUGGCAUCUUUCCGACUCAUCAGGGACCUACGUAUCUGCUGAUGCCUCAUAAACAGGAGAAGGACAAUUGGCUUUAUCAUUUGACUGUUGUCUCUGGGGGUGGGCCCAACGCUGGGACACAGUAUGAACAGCUGGUGCAGAGGCUCAUGGAAACUGAUGGCGAUCCCAGCUGCGUUCUGUGGAGGCAUCCACUGCUGCUGCAUACUAAAGAGAAUAUUACUAGUCCACUUACCAGUCUUACUUCUGAGGCACUUCAGUCGGAGGCUAUUAAGCUAUUCAAGGCGUGCCAGUUAUUUAUGUCUGUAGCUGUUGAACAAGCUGGCAUUGAUUAUCACGUUGUACUUGCCCAAAAUGCCCUACAGCAGUGUCUUGAUCAACCUGAAUUACAAUCUGAGUUCAUUUGUGCACUUGUCAAACAGACAAGUCGUCAUACCCAGCAACGUUUGGGCGUACAGGUAAAAAAGGCCGCCAGAAUUGUCUCGCUGGGUACUGCGCGUGUUCAACUCCUCCUCUGUGCGACCCAAUCGCUCUUCACCUGCGAUACGCAAAGCCCCACGUCAAAUGGCGCUGGUGAAAAUGCGGAUGCACAGUCAACGGCAUCAACCUCUCACAGUCCUACGCUCACGCAGGGCCACUCGACCUCGACUAUCCUCGAUUGCAAGACGAAUCCUGCUCAGUAUGUGUUGGUGCAGGGAUGGCAGCUGCUGGCACUGGCUGUUUCAUUAUUUCUACCGAGGAAUAAUCGGUUACUUUGGUACCUGAAGCUCCACCUCCAGAGGAAUGCAGAUUCCAAAACGGAAUGUGGAAAGUAUGCGGCAUAUUGUGAGCGUGCCCUCGAGCGAACCCUGCAGAAUGGUGGUAGAGAAGUGAAGCCAUCGAGGAUGGAGGUCUUAUCAAUCCUCUUGAAGAAUCCAUACCACCAUUCCCUCCCUCACGCAAUACCCGUGCACUUUCUCAAUGGAACAUACCAAGUUGUCAGUUUCGACGGUAGUACAACAAUCGAGGAAUUCCUUCAUACCCUGAACCAAGAGAUUGGCUGUCGCGAUGUUCACCAGUCGGGUUUCACUCUAUUCAGUGACGAUCCGAUUGAGAGAGAUCUGGAGCACUUCAUUGAUCUCCAGGCGAAGCUCUGCGAUAUAAUUUCCAAGUGGGAGACAGCACUAAGGGAAAAGGGCUCUGGCAAAUUUGAGAAUACGAGGGUGAUACAGUUGACGUACAAGUCAAGAUGCUACUGGAGGGCUGCAGCCAAGAUGGAGACCGAUCGAGAGAGACUUCUCCUCUGUUAUCAGGUGAAUCAGCAAGUGGUGCAGGGCAAAUUUCCCCUCAACCGGGAACUGGCAUUCGAGCUUGCCUCAUUGAUGGCACAAAUUGAUUUCGGAGAGUACAACAAUGACAAGGCACGUGGCAGUGGACAGGGCAGCAAUCCCAAUCAUCUGGUGCUCCAGGCACUCGAUAAAUUCUAUCCAGUCAGAUAUCGAUCUAAUAUAACACCCGAUCAGCUCAGGGAGCUGCAGGAAAAAUUGCAGGAGAAGUGGGUGGGACUGAAGGGAAGGAGUGUUCUUGAUUGCGUGAGAAUUUAUCUUACUUGCACGAGAAAGUGGCCGUUCUUCGGUGCUACUUUGUAUCAAGCUAAACUGAAACAGACUGAAUCAGUAACUCUCUGGAUCGCUGUGUCCGAGGACAGUGUGACUCUCCUCGAACUGCAGACAAUGGCAGUAAUGUAUCGAUACAAUUACGCCAAUAUCGUUACCUUCGGGGGAUGCCUGGAUGACUUCAUGCUUGUUGCUUGCCCUGACGAGGGUGCGGCUGAACAGAAAUUAUUAUUCGCACUCAGUAAACCGAAAAUACUGGAGAUAACGCUUUUGAUAGCCGAUUACAUGAAUGCCUUGGGCCACGCCCUACCUGGAACCCCUCAGAUGAACACUCUGACGCGGAAUGGAUCCCACAGAUCUGUCAAAUCUACCAUGAGACCUACUACUGGUUCCAGUUGUCUUCCAACGCAACCUGAUAUUCUAAAAUCAACACCAGACCAUCAGAGGCCAUGAACCUUGUUUUCUCGUGUUAAUUCUCUGAAGAACACGAUAUAAUCUACAAACCAAAUGGCAAAACCAACAUGGCACUAACUCAGUGAUACGAAUAAAGGUACUAAGAAUUCCACUGCGAUGGGAAACACUGCCUAAUAGAUUAGUAGUAGACCUCUGGAAAACAGCAAACAACAGUAGCAAAGAGUAAAUAGCAACAACGAGCAUCCUCAUUGCUAUCGCAUGUAAAUAUUUCAUUAACUUGAAAGAAUCAUAAUCCAUCGUGCAGUAUUUAAAAGGAAGGUAACGCGGAUAUUUAGGAUGUAAUCCUCGAAUGUAAAUAAUUAAUUGUCGUAUUAGUGGAUGUGAGAAUAGUUUGAGGGGAGGAUGCAGGACAUUCGUACUCUUAUAAACGAGUAUGUGUGGUAUAGUGGCUUUCUUGCCAAGUAUCAAUGCAAUAAAAUUCGAUUUCAUUAUUAUUUCCAGUGAGAACAAAUUAAUCGAGGAAAGGGAAAACCACGUCAUUUUUUUUCGAUUUUCAUGCUCUCAAUUCUAUUUUUAUUUCCAUUCUGUUGGGCUCAUGGAAAUCGAAACUAUUGAUUUUAUAACAUUUCUACCUGGAAUAUAAUCAACUCAAGGGGAAUUGAAUUCCAAACAAUUCGUUAUUCUGCUAUUCAAUGAUAUUUAAUCACGAAAAUACGUUCGAUGUUGCGUAAUAAAAAUUCAAUGAAAAAAUGUAGAAUUGUUUUCUGAACAAGCAGAUAAUAUACACAAAGUGCUCGAGAUAUUUCGCGAAAAUUUAUGAAGAUAAGAGAGUGAAGAUAAAAAUCAUCGUGCCACCAAUGCAAUUACAAAAUGACGAAGUUACGUUUUCACUGAGGAAUAAAAAAUAGUCAAUAGUUCUUUAGUGGAAUUACGAAGAUAAACAAUUCGUAGCCAUAAAAUGAUAUUGUAGUUUUAUACUUUAAUAUUAAUUCAUCCAGGGGUAAUGUAACAUACGUCAUGAAUGAUUUUUCAUUGUUAAUUGUAAUUUUAAUUUUAUCAUUUUUAAGUAUUUUUAACAAACUCGAUGAUAUUGUAACAAAACAAAAAACUAGUCUCUACUUGUCGCGUAUUUGCAAAUAUUGUUUUAUCUUUUUUAAAUUUAAUAAUUUUGUUGAAUGAGAUGAUAGAGUAAUUUGUGUGAUUUUUCCGUGCUCGAACAGUGAUGAAAUAUAAAUAAUUGUGCUUUCUCAAUCAGUGAGAUCCUAUACAACUGGUGGAUGUCUUCCUUUUUAAUUAUAUAUGAAUGAAUAAUAUAAAUCAUAGUACUGAACGAAGCUGUUAUAGGAUCGAUGAAUAAUAACUCAAUUGGAGAAUGUAAUAAUCAUGAAACAAAAAAAUCAUCCAUUCAUUGGGAACAGUACAAACCAUUAACAUGAAAUGACAAUUGAUCACUGACUUUUAUAAACGACUAAAUCAUUUUUCUAUUUCAUCUCAUGUCAUGAAAAUACUUCACAACGUUAGCUAAUUACACGCGGAAAAACUCCAUGAAUUGUAUUUGUAAAAAUUUGUUAGGUUUACGAUAACGAUUGUUUGUAGAGGGGGAAGAAAAAAGGUCGCAGAUGCGAUAAAAAUCUGGCGAGCUCGAAAAAAAUUAUACCGAAAUGACUAUUUGUACAUCUUCAUUUAUUAAUUUAUUAUUUAUUACACGGAGACAACAGGAGAGAGAGGAAUCAUAAACGCACGAUUUAUGAAGGUACGAUUUAUCAAGUAUUGUACUAUUGUACAAAUCAGUAAAAGAAAAUAAAGUAUGUUCCAUUCUGAA